AUGUCUGCCGAAGUCGAGCGCGAGUUGUUGAACCAUUACAAGCUCGACUCGCUACAUCCUUCGGAAUGGCCUGACCGGGACGACGACGACGACGACUAUGACAGUCCCGACGACAAUCCCGCGACACGAACGAACCCCAGGGAGUCCAAGUUCGCUGCCCUGGAUCGCUCCCGCUCUGCUGGUGCAAAGAGAGCCGACAAUACUGUCCAGAAGGAUGAACCCGAUCCCCUGGGCAUUGUCCCGAGUGUCGUCCACGAACUGCGCCGUCGUGGCCUGCCUGUCGAGGAGAACUUGCGCUUGCGCAACCACUUCAUGCUGUCCUCGACCACCUUCUCGCCCAACUUAUUCCUGUCCCAAGUCCACCACGAUGCCUCGACCGACUCGCUUCUCAAAGGUCUCCACUUCUUGUCUAGUUCAAUCGAGCAAAAGUCGGCCUCUCUUAAACUGCUGGUCGAGUCCAACUUCGAACGCUUCGUCAAGGCCAAGGCUACCAUCGACAAUGUAUACACCGAGAUGCGCACACAAGGCCAGCAGUCCAUGCCCGUCUCUCCUGGUCAUCAGCGAAGACAUUCGAGGCACACCAGUCGCGGUGGCAUCUCGCAUUUCCGUACUCCUAGCGGUGCCCUUUCACCUCCCGCUAUCACCAAGCUGCCAGACAAGAAGAAGAAUGCCCUGACAAAAGAGAGUGAAUAUGGUGUUCUCGGUAUCAAAGCUCCCCUGAUUGAGCUGGGCGCCAAAGCUGAAGAAGUCUGGGGCCCUGCUCUGAGUGGACGUGAAAAAGAAGAAGAUCUCAAGUCUGUUCUGACCUACCUCGAACAACAUCGUGACGUUUUUGGCAUCGGCCAGGCUCUACAAGAUGCCAUCCGUAAGAAGGACUAUGACUCUCUUGUGUCCGAGUACAACCGUGCUAAAAAGAUCGCCAAUGAUGCCACUCGGAAAGCCGAAUCUAAUCAAGAAUUAUCCGAUUCAGACGUUCAUCAGAUUUUGGUCGCUGCAAAGGUUUGGUCGGAUGCUCAAUCUCAAAUCGGUGCCUUCAAACGCGAGUCCCGUAAACAGCUUUCUGCUGCUAGAAUCCGUCGCUCUACGCCAUCUACUGCUGCUCAACCUGAUACAACAAUGACUUUGAUCGCUACACUCUUGCAAAUCGACAUGGACGACAAUCCCAUCACAUUCUGGUUGUUCAGUCGUUACAAUAACCUCAAAGAAAAGCUUACUCGUUCCUUCGACCGUAUGCGUAUAGAGAUUGAAGUUUCAAGGCGGCGUCUGGCUUCGGCAGAGCCACCCAGCCUCCAGACCUCGAAGCUGCAUCUCCAAUCUGCUGUGGCCAACCUCGUACAGGACCGAAGUUCAAACAACGCUUCCAACGCCAUGGACGCUGCUAAGAUCAUUGACUUCUGGGAGAAGAUUCAGAGUGCGCUCAACAGCUUGCUAUCGGUACAAGGCGGUCUUCUGGGGGAGAUUGUCGAAUUUUGGGAGACCGCAGAGUCAUUUAUCUCUCACAAAGCCCAGAGGAACCUGCCUACCAGUGUCUUUUCUUCAGAGGGUCGCCAACAUCUUGAUCUCAGAGAAGAUGAGAUAAACCGUCUCCGUCAAUCGGCUGCAGAUCUGCUCAACAGCAUGCGCGAGAAUAUCUUCUCCUUCUUUGUGGACUCGCCAGUUGAAGACAUCUCAUCUCUGUUCUCACCUGUUCCCGCAACGCCGGACACUCCCUCAGCUAGUUUGGCUAACGACCAGCGCAUGUUUUCUUUCGACGUGAACAAUAUCCCAGAGCCCUCACCUAAGAGGGGUGAACCUUGGGAGAAGUUUGCCUUCUGGGCACCUUAUGCGAACGUCCUGAGUGGUGUUCAUUAUCUCAGUAAUGUUCUGCUCCUCGUUGGCUCGUCAGCAGGCGAGGUCGCUAGUCUUUCCCUUGUCAGAGACAACUACCGCAUGGCAGAACAACUCAAGACCAUGGUCAGUGGCGUACGCGAACGGUGCAUCCAGGCUGUUUGUGCCGCUUGGAACGUCGACUCCGACAAGACCAGAUAUCUUGAAGAUUGGACGCGGCAUACCGAUCGUCGUGAUCUUACCAACAUGCCUUUCCGCUUCAGUGCUUUCGAAGAGACGAUACUUGGCGAUAUGCAGAAGAUUCUAUACAUCUCUGGCGCCAUGUCGCGCCCUGGCUACGAAGACGUUGUUGGACCUCCGCCUACCAAGCUUCUGCAGAUGGUCAGGCAUCAGUUUAUCACAAGUAUAUACAAAACACUCAGCGGCGCCGUGGAGAAUGCAGAGAAGAACAAGAAGCUCGACGAAUCCGGAAUUGAUGAUCCAGACGGUCUGACGAACGUCCGCCUGCUGCUCACACUCAGCAAUUUGAACCACCUGCGUCGUGAAGUGGUGCCUCAAUUAAUCUCACAAUUCGAAUCCUCCUUUUCGAUCAAGUUUACGGACGAGUCUAAGCAGAUCCGCGAUGUACUCAAGCAAAUCGACGAUCGUCUAUUCCUAGGUUACGUCAAGCCUACCACAACAAAACUUCGCGAGAUCAUCACAGCUGGCAUCUCCUCUCCGGACUGGCUACCCAAGACCUCUUCGCGACCCACAAACGCUCGACCCUAUAUCUAUGAUGUACUUCUCGCAUUAGUAUUGGUACACACUGAAGUCUCGACAACAGCAAGCACACUGACUUCACCCCUUCUAUCGCACUUCCUCGAAUCUGCCAGUGAAUCCCUACUAGCGGCCUUCUCAGAGCGCCGUACAUAUUCCCUCGCAGCUCUGAUGCAAGCAACCCUUGAUGUCGAACUUCUUGCUCAGACGUUGUCCAAUUACACUACUGAAAAGGCCUCCGAUAUACAAUCGAGGAUAUACUUGGUGCUCGACGAGAGGACUGAUGCAGAUGCAAGAACUAGACUGCAAGCCGAGUUACCUGAAAUGAGGGCGAUCUUGAAGAGAUUGAGGGAGGGCACUAAAGGACAGUUUGGAUGCUUCAGGAGGGAGAGGAGGGUUAGAAGCGAG